UAUAAGAAUAUCAGUUUAUAGCUAGCAGAAUUUGGUCGAGAAAUAACGAAUGGAAUUAUUUUUUUCUUGAUAGCUGGGCCCGACGAUACACGUCAAACCGACUGUCAACGGCACACUCAGGUAUUACUUGACUGUAAUUACAGGCGUUUGGCGCAAUGCUGGGUCGACGGCUAACGUGUUCAUUAAAAUCUACGGCACUGACGAUACUCUAGAGGCCAUUGAUUUAACUAAAAGCUCUCCACCAGGAAGGAAGAUGUUUGGAAGAGGAAGCGUCGAUAGGUUUGCUUUCCAUCUGGAGAAAACGCUCGGAAAUGUAAUUAAGAUAGAAAUGUGGCAUGACAAUUCUGGGAAGAGUUCAUCCUGGUUUCUGGAUCAAGUUCGCCUUGUUGAUAAAUCCACAGGGGAGAAGUGGGAUUUCUUCCACAACAAUUGGCUUGCACUUCACAAAGGUGACGGAUCGACCAAGGUUACCCUAAUGUCCAAUGAUCCAAAUCAUCACGGUCCUGGACUGAAAAACAUGUUUUACUCUGUCUCUUCAGUGGACCUCGCAGAUUAUCAUCUUUGGGCCUCUGUCAUUACCAGACCACCGCGCAACCCAUUUACACGUGUACAGCGAGCCUCGUGUUGCCUUUCUCUUUUGUAUUUGGCGAUGGCGUGUAACGCCAUGUUUUAUCAAGUGACUGGAGUUUCAGAUGAAGUGAUUCAGAUUGGACCAUUGAAAAUGUCACUACGACAAUUGAUAAUUGGAAUUGAGAGUUCAUUGAUUGUUGCCCCAGCAAGUGUUUUGAUAACUGUGUUAUUCCGUUACAGAAAGGCUAAAACAAUCUCGAGUGAAGAGACCGAAGAAGACAAAGCCACUAGAAAAAGCGUUUCAAAGAAAUCCUGGACUAAAAGGCAAUGUUUGCUACCUCAUGCUUUUAUGUAUCUUGGCUGGUUUCUCUGUACUGCGGCGAUAGCGUCUUCUGCUACUGUAACAGUAUUUUACAGUCUUCAAUGGGGGAAAGAAAUUGCAGAUCAGUGGCUCGCUUCUGUAGUUGUCUCUUGUAUCAAGGAUGUUUUCAUCUGGCAACCAUGCAAAGUUUUAUUCUUUACUCUUUUGUUGAUCAUUAUCUUCAGUAGGCCGAAGUCUCCCGACGAGGUGAGUAAUAGCGUUGCAUCAUCGUUUACAGAGGAGAUGAAGGAGCUGCGUGCCUAUCAAUUACAAAGGGCAACGUUUUUUCGUUUUGCAAGACAGUUUGGCGCCUUUAUGGUGUUUUAUGUGUUGCUGAUGAUCGUUACCUAUGGGGAUAAAGAUUAUCACCGAUAUCUCAUGACAAAAGGAACUAGAGAUAGCUUCACCUACUUUGACAAGGUUUGUGCAGAUCAUAAUGAUCAUUGCCCAUUAUUUAAAUUAAAGUUGAAUUCGAUGAUGGUUGUUUCGAUAAAUCAUCUAACGUCCAUGUUCGUCGUCACAUUUUUUUAAUAGAAUAUUUAGUACAUAUCUCAUAGUUUACACAGAGGAAAC